AUGACAACUCGGUUCGACUUUCCAUGCGCCUCCUUUGGAACACAACAAUCAGAAUUAAUAUCGACAACAUUUAAUGCUCCAACUUUCAAUGCACCAUCUAUUGUAGAUACAUCUCAGCAUCACCACUCUUCAAUGCAUAACUUAAGCCAACCUAGCAAUCUUUUACAAUUUCAUUAUGGGAACCUAAAUGAGAAUAUACCUUCACAGAAUCAUUUAGAUCAAAAUGCAACAAGAAUAGCAACAGGUGGAAGUUUCGACAUUGUUCCAUCAAAUUUGCAAACUGGCCUCACUUCAGACGAAAAACUUUGCGCAGUGUGUUCGGAUCGAGCAAGGACCGUGCAAAAGAAAGCACAGUAUAUGUGCACCGGUAAUAAAAAUUGUACGAUUGAUAAACGCUUCCGUAGUCGGUGUCAGUAUUGUAGGUAUCAAAAGUGCCUGGCAGUUGGAAUGGUGAAAGAAGUGGUUCGUUAUGGUAGUCUUUCUGGUCGUCGAGGAAGACUUCCUUCAAAAACAAAAUUGCUGCAUUCAGAUGAUCCACCAAGUCCACCGCUUCCGCUUCUUACAAUAAUUAAUAGAGCCUUCGCAGAUUCGCGAUCUACUACAGCUAGUUAUACUUUCAGUGGUUUGAUCGAAGAUUUACUUGAGUUUCUAGAAGAGGAGUUCAGAUCGUUUUUGCGGUUCGUUGACAAGAUUCCCAGGUAUACUGAUCUUCCACGUUCCGAUAUUUUGAUGCUCACAGAAAAAAAUUUCUUCGCCCUUCUUGCUUUAAAGCUAAGCAACAGGUGGACAAAAGAAAGGAAGCUUCGGCUAGAUCAAGUCGAAAUCGAUGUUGAUUCUGUCCCAGAACCCUUUAAAAUACUAUUUUCAAAAAUUCUUCAAGAUAUUCCACAAUUUCGAAGAGUGAUAGAGCGCGAUUCACUUGCCUUUGCAGCACUUCUUGCACUGCAGCUUCUAAAUGCAGCAGGUUUGUAA